AUGCGUCCCCGGCAGUCAGCGCACAGAGAAGCCUCCCGAGUUCUAGAGAGGCCCGAGCGCGCGGCGCGGCAGCGACUUCCGCUUCCGGCCAGCCUCGCUCUGGGCCCUGCGGCUGGCGGCCGAGCCUUGUGCCUCCGCCAUAUUGUCUGUGUGAGGCCGGCGAGGGAGGCGCGGUGGUGGCUGCUGCCGCCUCCUCCUCAGGUGGGUGGCCGUAGGGGCGCGGGGCGCCUUCCCCGUCCCGAAUGGACCCGGUGGGGGGAGGGGAAAGGGCCCAGAGGCGGGAGAAGGGGGAGGGCGGGGCUUCCUCGACUCCCCCUCCCCCCCAUUUGGAGCCUCAAGGGAGGGGAGGGGGCGGCGCAGUGGGGGGGGCAUAUAUAUAAAAUGAGAAAAUGAGGGGUCUCUGGUUCGAGAAGUGCGGGCUUUGCUUCUUCGCCCCCCCCCCCAUGAGGCAGCUGCAUAUUAUGGCAGCCUCUUGGGGGGGGGAAGGGGAGGGUCCCCAUCCUGGGUGAGGCUGCCAGUGGAGACGCCCCUGGCCGUGAAGGGAGCAGACCCCGCCCACCGACCCCCCCUGUGCACCAGUUGACCACUGGGACAUUUCCUUUUGUUGGGGGGGAGGGGAAAGAAAGAUCCCCCCCAUCCCCAAUUAUGUGAGUCUGGGAACGAAGCAGGACAGUCCUUUGAAAGGUGCCCCCCCUCCAAUGUGGCCCUUCUUGCACUCUAGCAAAAAAAAAAAGGUUAUCUUCCCUCGCCCCCCCCCCCCAAUGUGUGUUCUGGCAUAUUCUUUUGCAUAUGAUGUUGGGUGGGGAGGAAGGAGGGGUCAUGCUGAGGGUCUGCAGUGAUUCUUUUGGGGGCAGAACGGAGAGGAUGUCUCCCUCAAGGGGGGCAGGAAGGGUAGAUCAUGGUGGAUUUGUGUGUGUGAAAGGUUGCUCUUACCAAGGAUCUUUUGCCCCUUUCCAAGGCUGCAUAGGGGAUCUCUGUCUGUGCCAGAGGCUGAAGGGUACCUGUAAAUCUCUUUAUAGGUGAGGUCCGCAAGUGCUUGAGCAUGAGCAUCUUUCAGCAAGGGCUGUUGGACUUGUGGUUCUGGGAGCUUGUUGGACGGUUGAGGAUAGCCUAGGGUGGGGUCAUUAAUACAUGCUAAUCUGCAUUUCAAAAACAGAAACAAAGGUAUUAUCAUUUCCUUGGAUUGUUUUCUCUUUGAGUAAUUGUGGUAGGGCAGUUUAGAAAUCUAGGGUAAAUUUGUGAAAAUUGCUGGUUCCUUUGCCCUAUCAUUAUGGGGGAUAUAAGAAUUACCUGGUUGGAUCAGACCAAGGUCUGUCUAAUUUAGCAUCCUGUUUCCAGCAGUGGACAACUGGAAGCCUCUAGGCACUACUGAGUAGAGUCAUCCCUAGGGAACUUGUAGAGUCCUGACUGAGGUGCUCUUCUCCCAGCUAAUUCCCAAGACAAGCCUCUCUGUCUUCUUAGGACUAUGGUGGGAUGGGAGGUUCUGAUUGCCUUGUUCCAGCUAAAUGUAGGAACAUUUUCUGCACAGUUGAAGAGUGCUCUCCCCAAUUACUGUGGUGCUGAUACUGUGGGGAUUUCUCCCCAUCCUGCAACCAUCUGUAUACAAAGAUCAGACUAGAUAGGAUAGGGCAGAUAUGUGUACCUGAAAACAGUAAAGUGUGGUAUUUUAAAAUUGACUCUUGAUCCUACAAACUUGAUUUCUUGCUGUCUGGGCUUCUGAAGUGCUUUCUGCCCUUGCUUUUUGUUUUAUUUUAAUGAUUUGUUGUCUCUCCUUUUCAUGGAUCAUGCCCAAGAAAGCUGUUCCUUCCUUGAUACGUGCAGUUGGUGUAAAGAGAUGUCUUUUUCCACAGUGAUAGACAAAAGGUAUUAACUCCACACUAGGAAGUCGAGAAGCUGUACGUAAGUUAAUGGGGUUAGAAAUAAGAGAAUGUGAGGAGCCAAAGAAACAUUUCCAGUGAAAGUUUCAGAGCUUCUUACAGUGUUCUAGAUUCCAGUCCUCAUAGCAGUUGGGGGGGAUGAAUAAAAAAUAUUAGAUGCAGAAUAUUUUCCCCAUUGUUGGGUAUGAAUAUAUUUAGCAAGUGCCCAUUUUAGUUCUGUUCAUCUUCAGCUGAAUUGGUUUCCUCCUUAUCCCCAUGAGAAUGUAAUAUUACUAGGUAAGAAACACUCUUUCCCCAUUACCUGACAAGUUGCAUCAUCUGAGUUUGGCUAUAUAUUGGAACACUUUCAUUUAUUCUUGUAGGAAUAGCGGGUUGGGAAGUGAGGGAUAGCCUGAGAAUGUUGCAUGCUGCAUACUGGAGCUUUUAAAUCUUGGGUCUUUAGGGAGGACUUCUCCUUUCUUUACCACUAGAAUAGGGAGAGAUUCCUUCCCAGAUUUUAUUGUCAGCCCUUGCAGGAGUAUGAUCCCACUACCAAGUGUACAUCUGCCCUGGCUAAGUGGGCAUGAGGGAUGCUUCCUCAACCAGCAGCAUAUGCAAAUGUCUGCCUGUAAUUUGGUGAUGGUGGUCAGGAAACUCCUGGUUCCAAUAAGCUGUGGUAGCUGAUCUCUUAUCUUCUGCUGUUUUUCUUCCCCUUGUGAGAAGUUGAUCUCUGUUGUUGGCUUGUUAGAGCAACAGGAUUCUCUGCACAUGCUUACCUGCUAGUUGAGUAGCAUUGAACUCAAUGAAACUUACUGAUCAGUAGACGUGUAUAGGAUUGCACUGCUAAUUGUUAAUCAACUCACAAUUUUGCUGGUUGAUUGCGGAGACACACUUUUAACUGAUAAAGGCAAAUUUUAAUUUGAGGUUGAGGGGCAUCCCUGUUAGUGUAAGUCUUUAGGCUAGUUCGAGUUUGUGUUACUGUAUGUCAAGAAAAAUAAAGAUGGCCUUGUUAUCAAUGAAUGGUAUUUCACGAGGCUUCCUAUAUUAAGGAUUUAGUGACAUACAGACUUAUUUAAAAUUAUAAGCAAUACAAUGACAGGCUCAUCCCCAAUACUUCGGCUGGAUCUCCAUCCUGAAGCUGGUGGCUACUAUUUUAUUUAUUAAAAUUGUGUACUGCCGUGGUGGGAAAGGCAGGGUAUCAAUAAAUUCAUAAUUUAAAAAAAUGUAUACUGCCUUUUAUCCGAAGAUCGCAGGGCAGUUCACAACAUAAAAGUACAAAGAGAACACAAAAUACAUCAUAAAAAACAAACCAAUAAUCCCCUUCCCACAAACACAUUUAAAAGGCCAUAUAAUGUUAAUCAGGCAAAGGCCUGCUUGUAGAGAAACAUUUUUGCCUGAUGCCUAAAGAUCUAUGAUAAUGGUGCCAGGUGAGCCUCCCUGGAGAGGCUGUCCCACAAACAGGGAACCAUCACAGAGAAGACCUUGCGUAGAAUCAUAGAAUUGUAGAGUUGGAAGGUACCAUGAGGGUCAUCUAGUCCAACCCCCUGCAAUGCAGGGGUUUUUCCCCAGUGUGGGGCUUGAACACACAACCCUGAGAUGUAGAUCCUUUGAAAACAUCUCCUCGUAAGUCUUCAGCACCCUAGGUAUGGUUAGGAGAAGCAGAAUAAAUUAUGCAAAAUAAGAUGAUUCAAAUGCACUUGGUUCACAGAAUUUGGACAACAGAACACUGCAAAUCACAAAGUAGUGAGAUCUGCAAGUGGUACAGUCAGGGGUUCCUCAUCUCUCUUUUUUUUACCAUUUUGAUAAGAAUGUACCUUUUGGCCUGUGCAACCACGCAAGAAAAAGCUGAUUGCCCUUGGGAAAGUAUCCUAAGCUGUUUGUACAGUAGAGGUUUAUGCCCCGAGGAACACUUUCUUUCUUGCUGCUGAUGGAAGCUAGCUUUCAAAUUCUUGAUUAGAAUCAUUAGUCGCCGCCAGAAUGGAGUUUCACAAAACAAUCUCAGCUUUUAAAAUUCUCCUGUGCAGACCAAAUCAAGCUUGAGCUCCACAUAAAGCUUGCAGUGCGUUACACCCUGUGUGUGUAAUGUAAUGGAUGACCUGCUAAUAAACAUGGGAAGCUUUCGUGUUGACCCCGCUCUAAAGCAGUGUUUGGGUGAACAUUUCUGUGGCCAUUGGGCUGUCGUAGAAGUACACAGAAUAGAGCCAGCAGGGCUUGGAAAUGUUGCCCCCUCCAUAUUUUUGCUCCACCCACUUUUCUCAAAAGCCCCACCCUCUGAUCCUGGCCAGACUUGGGAGAUUUUUUUGUCAUUCAGUGCUUGGAUCGAUGUGUGAUACCAUGGCAUGCACGCUGGCUAGAGCUUGUUAUCAAAAUGUGGGUGUGCCUUUCUUAAAUUAUUCCAAAUGAGAAUUGCUCCUUUUGAUGAGAUGUGGUGCAGAUAUAGCCCGGCUGACGCUUUGAAAUUCAAUAUGCUUGCCUACCUACCCGAUGGAAGAGUGACCUUGCAUAAGGGUCUGCCUUUGCUCCCCAUCUUUAACAUAGUUACACCCUUUUCUUCAACUUAAAUGCUCAGGUGUCCUUGCAGAAACACAAAUUCAUUCUUCCUCACAGAGAGGACCCAGGUGUUUUUCUUUUCUUUUUUUAUUAUGCUGCCCUUCAGAAUACAUUUUUCCAGCUUACAAAAACAGAAUAAAUAAAUAAAUAUGGUAACUUAAUGCAAAAAUAAAAACUCCAGGCAAGCGUUAAAAGGCCUAUUGUGAAAGUUAACCUUUUUGAGUUAGUCACCUGGAAAGAAUGGCUAGUCAUCCAUUACUGGUGAGUAGCUAACUGCAAGGUUACUUGGGUCCAUGUGAUCUCUGCUCUCAAACUCCAAUCUUGCACUUUAUGAGUCUGAAUUAUGUUGCUCAAUAAAUCAUGCAGAUUAUCUUUGUGCUCACUUAGCUGUGCUUUCUGUCAAUAUUUAGCAUUUCAGCAUUGAGGCAGUGGUGGUAUGGCAAUAGAGGAUUGAGGUGGCUGAAUGUUGGAAGGCUCUAGAGAGAGAAGGCUAGGACUGGGGAUGGGCGUUGCGGAUGGGAUGGAGACGGAAGGAUGCUGGAAAGGUUCAUGGAGGUUCUGCAGCUUGCUAAAGCUCAGGUUAGUCAAACCCUGACUGGAACCAUUGCCCGUCCUUUCUGAGCUCUGUAUUUUCUUCAUAUGCUGAGAUUUGCAAACUCAAAUCUGCUGCAAAACCAAAGACUCCUUGCGAAAAGCACACAUUAGACUUUGAGACUGGCGGCUGUUUGUCUCAUUUCUGUUUUGCUCUGUUCGUGUGAUGUUAGUUCUUGCAUUUAAUUGCAGAAGUGGCAUGCUGGGCUCUCAGCAAGUGUGUUUAAAUUAUUUGCCACUGUGGAUCAUAAAGUGUGAAAAAUAGGGCGAGUGAGAAAAUGCCCCAUUGAGAUGAGUCAGGACAGUUUGCAUUCCUCUUAGAGGCACAGUUCACACUCUCUGGGGAGGUGGGUACAUGACACCACAUCGUCUUUGCAUCUGCUUAUGGUACAAAUUCAGAAGUCCAUUCUUGAAGCUAUUAUGGUAAGCGAUGCACUUUCUAAAUAAAAAUUGUGGGUUGAGGUUUUUAUUUUUAGUUGGGGUUCUUGCCUCUUCCAUCCCAAAGGCAGAUAGCUGUACAGACAAAUGCCAAAUCAGAUAUUUUAAUAUUUGAAUACUGUUGUUGGAACUUGGUGUGGAAGGAAGGAAGGUGAUCUUAAAAGAGUUUCUUUUAAGGUAAUCCUAAUUUUCUGAGCUUCCACUAGUGGGUCAGGACUAAUGAGUGGACCACAUGAGCAAUGCUUACCGCCAUUAAUAAAACAACUUUUGUAAGAAAGGGGGGAGACAUCAAAAGAUGCAGCAGAAUGCACCUUUGCACAUUUUACUCUGACUUGCUUCAACUAUGAACACUGUUAAUAGUUACAAAAAAGAGAGAAACUCAUCAGUUAUGACUUCUCAGCUUUGCCUGUUAAGAUGCAGGGACCACUUCCUUGCUUUUCAUCUGGUCAUAUUAGGUCUUAAGAACGAGGUUAUAUGUGGUAAGUUAGAAAGUAAGUCCUAUUUUGUAGUAUGUGGGGGUUAAGACUGUUCUGAUUCUGAAAGACAUGAGCACUGGAUUGAGUUGGUAUUUUGCCCUUUGAUGCUUAGGAAAUACAUUGGUUCUCAACCAUAGUGGCAGCUGGGAAAGAUAGCCUUAUCAGCUGGGUGGGGGCAGGCUGUAUGCCUGAGCUCCCUUCUACUUCCUGCAUGGAUCCAACACGGAUCCUGGAAUAGCGGAAGUAGCUUCCUGGUGAGGUAAUGGCCCUCUGUGUAUGGGCCAUUAAAGUAACAAAGGAAGUGUCUCUGUGCCAGAUACCAAAUGGGUGGGCGGGCUCCCUCCCUCAAUGGCUGGUAGUAAGAAAGACAGACGCCAGAGUUGGGAGUUGAGUUAUGUGAGCUAGAAGCAAGGCUGCUGGCUGGGCAACUGGGAGACAGAACCAUGCUUGAUUUCUGCUGGGAUCCAAGGCUAUGGCUAUGGGAGAAGCAAUACGUUCUUGGAUGUUCAUGCUGCAAGCUCAAGUUGUGUGUGUGUGUGUGUGUGUGUGUGUGUGUGUGUAUGUGUAUGUAAAUAAACCAUCUAUCACAGGGGUCAGCAAACUUUUUCAGCAGGGGGCCGGUCCACUGUCCCUCAGACCUUGUGGGGGAGCCAGACUAUAUUUCUUGGGGGGGGGGGGGAAAUGAACGAAUUCCUAUGCCCCACAAAUAACCCAGAGAUGCAUUUUAAAUAAAAGGACACAUUCUACUCAUGUAAAAACACGCCGAUUCCCGGACCGUCCGCUGGCCGGAUUUAGAACACUGAGGUCCAGCGCCGAGGGCCUUCUGGCGGUUCCCUCACUGUGAGAAGCAAAGUUAAAGGGAACCAGGCAGAGGGCCUUCUUGGUAGUGGCACCCGCCCUGUGGAACGCCCUCCCACCAGAUGUCAAAGAAAAGAACAACUACCAGACUUCUAAAAGACAUCUGAAGGCAGCCCUGUUUAGGGAAGCUUUUAAUGUUUAACAGACCACUGUAUUUUAAUACUUUGUUGGAAGCCGCCCAGAGUGGCUGGGGAAACGCAGCCAGAUGGGCGGGGUAUGAAUAAAUUAUUAUUAUUAAAGGCGAUUAGGCUGGAUCCGGCCCCCGGGCCUUUGUUUGCCUACCCAUGAUCUAUCAUAAAGACACCACAGUCUCUGCUGUCCCUCAUUCUGAUGAAAUCAAUUCCUGGGUAAGCACAUGGAACCUUCUGGAAUCUCACUUGAAGAUUGGGGUGGCUCACAACCGUGUGGUCUGAGGGGCACAUACCUGGAAAUGUGGUUGACGUUCCUAAAAAUAUGAUCCGGCUUGCAUGAAAUAGUAAGUAACACCCAAGAAUGACUAUUUAGUUAUAGUCGAAAGCAGAAGCAUUUUUGGCAUUUGGAGUCUUGUCAAGAAAGUACAGAGCACAUUUCUCUUAGUAGUAGCUAAGAUUUGUACAUUGAAAGUAGGGAAAUUGGCAGCUGUCCCAGAUAUUAUUCUGUGGUUGAAGAAAAAAGAAAGUAUGAGACCUUGGAGCAAUCGAGAAAUUAAGCAUUAGUCAGAUAAUGAGACAGAAGAUUGCAUUUGGACAAAUGCAUUGCAGUGGUUGCACAGUUUUGUCUUCAGGAAACAUUGUAAGCAUGAACAUGGGUUUGUAAAAAUAGCCUCAGAGUGUGAGAUGCUUGUGUUGGUAUUUGAAUUUUCAAUAAUUGGGAUAUUUUGAGUAUUUCAGAUUCGUUAGGAGGUUGUGAUCUACGUAUAUAUUUGUGUUGCAUAUCAUAUUUGACUUUUCCACAUUGUUCAGCAUUUUAUAAGUUCAUAGAAUCAUAGAAUCAUAGAGUUGGAAGAGACCACAAGGGCCAUCGAGUCCAACCCCCUGCCAAGCAGGAAACACCAUCAGAGCACUCCUGACAUAUGGUUGUCAAGCCUCUGCUUAAAGACCUCCAAAGAAGGAGACUCCACCACACUCCUUGGCAGCAAAUUCCACUGUCGAACAGCUCUUACUGUCAGGAAGUUCUUCCUAAUGUUUAGGUGGAAUCUUCUUUCUUGUAGUUUGGAUCCAUUGCUCCGUGUCCGCUUCUCUGGAGCAGCAGAAAACAACCUUUCUCCCUCCUCUAUGUGACAUCCUUUUAUAUAUUUGAACAUGGCUAUCAUAUCACCCCUUAACCUCCUCUUCUCCAGGCUAAACAUGCCCAGCUCUCUUAGCCGUUCCUCAUAAGGCAUCGUUUCCAGGCCUUUGACCAUUUUGGUUGCCCUCCUCUGGACACGUUCCAGUUUGUCAAUGUCCUUCUUGAACUGUGGUGCCCAGAACUGGACACAGUACUCCAGGUGAGGUCUGACCAGAGCAGAAUACAGUGGCACUAUUACUUCCCUUGAUCUAGAUGCUAUACUCCUAUUGAUGCAGCCCAGAAUUGCAUUGGCAUUUUAGCUGCCGCGUCACACUGUUGGCUCAUGUCAAGUUUGUGGUCAACCAAGACUCCUAGAUCCUUUUCACAUGUACUGCUCUCAAGCCAGGUGUCCCCCAUCUUGUAUUUGUGCCUCUCAUUUUUUUGCCCAAGUGCAAUACUUUACAUUUCUCCCUGUUAAAAUUCAUCUUGUUUGUUUUGGCGCAGUUCUCUAAUCUGUCAAGGUCGUUUUGAAGUGUGAUCCUGUCCUCUGGGGUGUUAGCCACCCCUCCCAAUUUGGUGUCAUCUGCAAAUUUGAUCAGGAUGCCCUUGAGUCCAUCAUCCAAGUCGUUGAUAAAGAUGUUGAAUAAGACCGGGCCCAAGACAGAACCCUGUGGCACCCCACUAGUCACUCUUCUCCAGGAUGAAGAGGAACCAUUGAUGAGCACCCUUUGGGUUCGGUCAGUCAGCCAGUUACAAAUCCACUGAGUGCUAGCAUAGUCAAGACCACAUUUUACCAGCUUCUUUACAAGAAUAUCAUGAGGCACCUUGUCAAAUGCCUUGCUGAAAUCAAGGUAGGCUACAUCCACUGCGUUCCCUUCAUCCACCAGGCUUGUAAUUCUGUCAAAAACGAGAUCAGGUUAGUCUGACAUGACUUAUUUUUCAGAAAUCCAUGCUGACUAUUGGUGAUCACAGCAUUCCUUUCUAGGUGCUCACAGACUGUUUGCUUAAUGAUCUGCUCCAGAAUCUUCCCUGGUAUUGAUGUCAGACUGACUGGGCGGUAAUUAUUUGGGUCCUCUCUUUUCCCCUUUUUGAAAAUAGGGACAACAUUUGCCCUCCUCCAGUCUGCCGGGACUUCGCCUGUUCUCCAGGAAUUCUCAAAGAUGACUGCCAGUGGUUCUGAGAUCACAUCUGCCAGUUCUUUUAAUACUCUUGGAUGCAGUUCAUCUGGCCCUGGAGACUUGAAUACAUCUAAACUAGCCAAGUAUUCUUGUACUAUCUCCUUAGUUAUUCUGGGCUGUGUUUCCUCUGCUGAAUCAUUUGCUCCAAAUUCUUCAGGUCGGGCAUUGUUUUCUUUAUCGGAGAAGACUGAGGCAAAGAAGGCAUUGAGGAGUUCAGCUCUUUCUGUGUCCCCUGUUUGCAUUUCACCAUCUUCUCCUCUGAGUGACCCCACUGUUUCUUUGUUCUUCCUUUUGCUACGGACAUACCCAUAAAAGCCUUUUUGUUGCUUUUAACCUCUCUAGCAAGCCUGAGUUCAUUCUGUGCUUUAGCUUUUCUGACUUUGUGUCUACACGUGCUGGCUAUUUGUUUGAAUUCCUCUUCGGUGGUUUCCCCCCUUUUCCAUUUUUUGUACACAUCCUUUUUAAUCUUAACUCAGUUAAAAGUUCUUUAGAUAGCCACCCUGGCUUCUUUAGGCACCUUCCAUGUUUCCGUCUCAUUGGUAUUGCCUGACGUUGUGCUUUUAGUAUCUCCCUCUUAACAAACUCCCAGCCAUCAUGAACUCCCUUUCCUUUUAGUAUUACUGUCCAUGGGAUCUCACCCAGCACUUCCCUAAGUUUUAUGAAGUCAGCUUUCUUAAAGUCAAGAAAUUGAGUCCUAGUAUGCUUGGCUGCUCCUUUCCGCUGUAUAGUAAACUUCAGAAGAGCAUGAUCACUUGCGCCUAAUGAUCCUUCCACUUCUACCCCACUAACCAGGUCAUCAACAUUGGUUAGGACCAGAUCUAAAAUGGCUGUUCCUCUUGUUGCUUCUCCCACUUUCUGGACAAUGAAGUUGUCUGCAAGGCCAGUGAGGAAUCUGUUUGACCUUAUGCUCUUGGCUGAGUUUGACAUCCAACAAAUAUCCGGGUAAUUGAAGUCCCCCAUUACUACUAUCUCCCUUCCUUUUGCAUGCUUGGCCAUCUGUUCCAGGAAGGCAUCAUCUAUGUCCUCCGUUUGGCUUGGGGAUCUAUAGUAAACUCCCACAAUGAGGUCACUGUUAUUCUUCUCUCCCUUAAUUUUGACCCAAAUGCUCUCACUUUGGCUUUGAGGUUCUAAAUCUUGGAUCUCUUCACAGGUAUACACAUCCCUGACAUAUAACGCCACUCCUCCUCCUUUCUUGUCUGGUCUGUUUCUCUGAAAUAGAUUGUAUCCCCCAUUAUUACAUUCCAAUCGUGGGACUUAUCCCACCAGGUUUCAGUGAUGCCUAUUAUGUCAUAUUUAGUUUGCUGUACCAAGAGCUCAAGCUCAUCUUGUUUAUUUCCCAUGCUUUGCGCAUUAGUGUACAGACAUUGAAGUCCAUUAAUCAUUCCCCGUGACUCUUAUUUAAGGAUUUUUCCUCCCACCACUAGGUCUGUGUGCUGUUUGCUCCAUUUGGUCUAUGACAUUUGGAUGAUCAUCUUCAUCAAUUGAUAUACUCAUACCUUCAGGAGCACUAUCUACCUAACCCACAUUAGUCAGUUUAAAGCCCUCCUGAUGAGGUUUCUGAGAUUUUUGGCAAAAACAUUUCUCCCAACCGUUGUGAGGUGCAGCCCAUCGCUUGCCAGAAGUCCAUCUUCAAGAAACUGCAGUCCGUGAUCUAAGAAUCCAAACCGUUCCUGUUUACACCAUUUGCGAAGCCAGCUGUUCACUUCCACUAUUUUCCCCUCUCUCCCUGGGCCACGUCGUUCAACUGGGAGGACAGAUGAGAUCACAAUUUGUGCAUUUAAUUGCUUCAAUUUCCUGCCCAGAGCCUCGUAGUCUCUUUUGAUCUUCUGGAGGCUAUUGCUUGCAGUGUCAUUGGUUCCCACAUGAACCAAGAGGAAGGGGUAUUUGUCAGUGGGUUUUAUGAUUCCUUGCAGUCGUUCAGUUACAUCUUGGAUCUUAGCCCCGGGGAGACAGCACACUUCCCGAGACAUCUUGUCAGGCCCACAGAUCACUGCUUCUGUUCCCCUCAGUAGGGAAUCCCCUAUCACCACUACACGCCUCCUCUUAGGUUUGGCUGGGGUUCUUCCGUGAGCUGUCCGCUCCAAGGUCGCCUGCACAUUCCCUGAGGACUGACUUUGCUGCUCGUCUUCAUAUACCUGAUCGACUGUAAUGAGGGAGAGAUCCUCAAAUGGAGUCUGCUCUUCGUCUUCCAUGCUAGGGGAGAGGACCUCAAAGCGAUUGUGUAUUUCUAAACAAUCAGAGCGAACCCUGGGCCUCCUACUUCUUUGAGUCACGUUUCUCCAUAUAUCUGGCUCCUGUGUUGGUGAACUAGCGUCCUUCUCAGGGGAGUCCCCUGUCUCCUCCUUGGUGGAGACGGUGUGCUCUGUUGCUUCCAAGAAGAGCUCUAGCUCUCUAAUUCUUUGGAGCGUAGCUACACGUUCCUCCAGUUGCUGGACUUUGUCUUUUAAGAGGGCAAUCAACAUGCAAUUGCUGCAGGUAAAGCUGCCUGCAACCUUUGGCAAGAUGUGCCAAACUGUGUGUGUGUGUGUGUGUGUGUGUGUGUGUGUGUGUCUCCAUUUCCCCCCCUUUCAGUGUGCAGUUGUGCAUGGGAGCUGUGGCUUUCUCCCUGCACCCAAAGUGCUUUCACACCUGUGGGACCCAGACAUGCCUUUGCUUUCCCUUCAGGUCUGAACUGUUGUGGUUUAGUUGUGUGUCAAAUGAGUGUGCACUGCACCUGGCAGAGGCAGAGCAACUCUCUGCCUUCCCUCUCCAGCUCUAAGCUCCUGGGGGAGGAGUGAGGGCUUAUUGUCUUCCCCCCUUCAUAACUCGAAGCUUGGAAACAGAAAGACGAGCAUAUAUCUCUCACCCGCCAUAUCCCAUCCCAUGCUGUGCUUGAGACAGAGCACCCUGCCCCUUGGGAAAAGGAGGUUCUGAUGCCAAAACCUGUUGAGCUGUGAUCCUCAGGGUUUGCGCGACUGCCUUCUACAUCACUGCUUUAUACAUGGUUUGAGACCUGGUUGUCUUGAAGGAUCACCCAGUCCAACAUAAAUUUGCUUGUUGGUUUGAGAUGGUCUUUUCAGGCCCUUCUCCUGGCGCCUUGCUGUUUAAAGGCCAGGGCUAUUCAUCCCUCCAUUCUCCAAGGCUUUUAAUGUUCCAUAGUCAGUUCUGCUGCUUUAAGAUCUUAUUAACGAUUUUGCUGCCGUUUUUCACAAUGCUCUCUCUUGUUCACCUAGGUUUUGUUUGUGAGCCAUCCUGAAAAUGCCUUAAAUUAUAAGGUAGGGGAAAUUGUUCUUUAAAAAAUGAACUUUAGAGUAUAGUAGUAUUUAGGAACUAGAACAUCUGUGAAUCACCUUUGCAAUGAGCCAUUGAAGAGUUUGACAGACCAGUUGAUCCAGCUCAAGUUGUGGGUGGGCUAGUUAGAAGCAGAUACAGUGGUGCCCCACAAGACGAAUGCCUCGCAAGACGAAAAGCUCGCUAGACGAAAGAGUUUUCCGUUUUUUGAGUCGUUCCGCAAGACGAAUUUCCCUAUGGGCUUGCUUCGCAAGACGAAACGUCUUGCGAGUUUGUUUCCUUUUUCUUAAAGCCGCUAAGCCGUUAAUAGCCGCUAAUAGCCGCUAAGCCGCUAAUAGCCGUGCUUCGCAAGACGAAAAAACUGCAAGACGAAGAGACUCGCGGAACGGAUUGAUUUCGUCUUGUGAGGCACCACUGUAUGUUUUUCAGAGGAGUGGGAAGCAGGAUUCCAAUGCCAGCCAAGGCAAUGGAUCAGGCUGUUUCUCAACUGAUGGAAAGUGAGAAGAUUUUUUCCCUUCUUGGAUAAUACUUUGAUCUCUGGGCCUUCCAGUGAAGCUGAAUGUUGGACAGAAAAUAAAAGACAGAUAAAGUAGCGCAUAAACUGUGGAAUUAGCAUCCACAGAAAGAAGCAGUGGCCACCAACCAGUGAUAGAAACUGAUAUGUAAACUGGGCACCAAAUGGCUCCUUUAACCAGGGUUACAGUCGCCAAAAAGGAAUGCCUAGUUGCCAUUUGGGGGCCGGAAAGCUUUAGAGUCGUAUUUUUCAAUAUGAUUAUUUGGUUCCUGAAAUUCAUUCUGAUGUUGCAGAUAAAAUACUGCAUUUACUCGAGUCUAAUGCGCCAUCAAAUUGAAUGCACACCUCAAUCUUCAGAACCUUGAAACCAAAAAAAGUAUUUGCUGGCGAAUGUCAAAGUGCCAUUGAUUCUAAUGCACACCUUAAUUUUCGCAACGUAAUUUGGCCAAAAAAGGAGCACAUUAGAUUUGAGUACAUAUGGUAUAACAGAAUUCUACGGGAUGUGUUGAUAGGGUGUGAAAACAGUCAAGAUCCAAGGAUCCCCAAGCAUGCACCUCCAGAUGGUAGAGAUGUUAGGUGCCAUCCUGUAACCCAGGCAUCUUCACUUGAUCACAAGUGGCCAAUAGCCAGGUGCAAAAUGCGCCCGCUGAUAUUCUCCCCUUAGCUGGGUCGUGCCUUUUCCUUUCCAUAAAACUUACACGAUGCAGUCCACUCAUUUCUAGUUCCUGCCAGUGUACCUUGGGGCUUGCCUCUCCAGGCCAGACACAAGAAUCAAUUCAUUGGGUGAGUUUGGGGAAAAAACCCUGCUUUACUGUGCUGCAGGAAGCUUUCCUCAAGUCAGGGCAAAGCCUUGUGUUUAAGCGUUAGUCUCACAGCCAUGGGCAACAAGGAAUUGCAUGCAUGUUGAGUGAAGGAAAAGGAGGGAUCAAGUACUCUGUCCCUCCCCUUAGAAGCACGUGAACUAUUAGAGGAGAGAAACUCCCUUGUUUGCAACUGUGUAGGAACUCUGAAGGUUGUUGCAGGAGAAUCAGAGCUCUCUGUUUUUGCCUCUGCCAGCCCCCAGCAGGCUAGCACAGAUGCUGGCAGGUUAGUAAGUUUUGUGGACUUUUUUUAAAAAACCAAGGAUGCUUUCAGAUGGAGCUGUGAGGGAGCGAUAUUAGGAUAUCUUCCCAAGGAACAACUUUUCUCUCUUCUCUGUUUGGGAGCACAGCCUUUCUGGGAUGUUCCAGGGUCACUUCAGAGCUCAGCAGGUGCUUUCAAAUGUGGCAAUGUUCUACUCUCCAGAGGUUAUCCAGUUUCUUUAGCACCAUCCAGCUCCCAGGCUUCCUGGCAAUUGCGGCCUCCCAGGGAUCCUACUUGCCAAUAUGCUAAUACUCUGACUUUGUUUCAGGCCUUGGGCUUGUUUGCACUAGCACGGCAGAGAGAGGAGGUUUCCAGAUUGUACAUUUCACUCUGUUUCUAGCACCAGGCUGCUAAAGCGGUUGUGCUUAAUUUUGAAAAUGAGCUGAUUGAGCACCAGUUUCGCUUUUAAGGACUGGAAAAAUCCUGUUUGUUUGGGUGACUAAAACUUUGAUGCUGCUACCUAGGAAUUCUGAAUAGUUCUUCAGCCUUGGUUUCCUGCUCAGGAUAUUGGCUCACUCAGGGUAAUGCUACAAGAUUUAGAAUAAAAGGUUCAAUGAAGAAAUUGCUAUAUUGCUGGGAAAUCACGGGAGAGUUAUUUCAUCAGCUGAAUUUUCCAGCUUAGUACCGUUAGAGCCAAGCCCCUGGCACUGGCUACCAAGGCUGGCACAGUAUUUACCAGGAGACUUGUUUUUUUCCUUUCUCCGAGCCAACUUGGGGUUGGGACAAGAGGGUCAAACAUAGCAUUAAAAGGAACCCCCUGGAGUUCAUUCUGAGCCAGAGGGACAAGGAAAUUGUUCUUCUUCCGCCCUUCCAAUCUGCUUUGGCAGUUGCAUGUUAAGGCUGAGGGGAGGAAAAGACCAGGUGUCUGACUGGAAGGAGGAAGAUAUGGGGAUGAGGAGCAGCACAGCAGUGGCUCAGGCCGGAGUUUGAGGAAAGAGAAGCUGUGAAGCCUUGGGUUGCAGUGUUGGCUGCCUUGCUCAGGGCUUGGAGCUGUCUCAGUAAGAGCUCGGCUUGAAAGGCAAAUCCUACACAAAAGGACUUCAGAGAACGGGUGAUGGUGUAUAAAGGAAGGGAAGGAUUGGUCAAUAGAGAGCUGGAAAGCAAGAUAGUCAUUCACUGUGAUCUCUUAGGGCAGGGGUCAGCAAGGCUUACCAGGCAUGGGCUGGAUCACUCCCACGGCGAUCCUCCGUGGGCUGGGCCAGUGCACCACGACGCUGGAAAUCACGCCUGCUCAUGUCUGUGGCACUGGAAAUCGCUUCUGCACAUGCCAAGACACCGGAAAUCAUGCCUGCGCAGAAGUGAUUUUAGGCACUGCGGACAUGCGCAGACGCGAUUUUCGGCAUUUGGGCAUGCACAGAAGCGAUUUCUGGAACUGCAGAAGAGAGUCCCCGCACUGCGCCGGUUUAGCACAGCGCACGGGGACUCGCCGGGCGGGCAGCUCGGUUCAGGGGUGGCUCAUGGGCCAGUUAAGCGACCCUCAUGGGCUACUUCCAGCCCAUGGGCCUUAGGUUGCCGACCUCUGUCUUAGGAGAAUCCUUGUUUUGAUUUGGGGGUGCUUGGAUAUCGUGCUGCACCUCUCCCAUAAAACUCCGACUCCACAAAUAUUAGGCUGGAGGAAACAAGCCUAACAGUAUGUUCUAAGAGGAGAAGCUGAAAGGCGAAGAUUCUUUUCUGGCUUGAACAGGAGCGAACAGAUUCAUUGAGGAGAGGGCUAUUGAAGGCGGCCAGGCAUCAUGGCUCUGCUGUGCGUCCACAGUUGGACGCAGCAAUACUUCUGAAUACCAGUUGCUGGAACCUGCAGGAGGGCUGAGAGCUCUUGCGUUCAAAUUCUUCUUGUAAGCGUCCUGCAGGCAUCUGGUUCGUCCACUGUGAGAACAGGAUCCUGGACUGGGUGGGCCAUUGGCCUGAUCCAGCAGGCUUUUAUGUUCCCUCCUCCCCUGGCUCAGCUAGAGAAGCCUCAUUGACAGCAGUCAGUGAGUAAAAGACUGGCUACAAGGCACAACUCUUCAAGUGCUGUGAUGGCGUCAGGAGAGUUGCUAACGGGGGGCCAGAAGAGUUUCUUCACUGGGAAUGCUUUAUUGUGCAGUUUAUACAGUCUUAUCUCCAGCUAUCUCCCUCCUGCAGAGUUUGCCCUGUGUGAGAAGGACCACAUUCUCCCUCCCCAACCCCUGCUGUUUCCAUGGGUGUAAAUAUUCAGUAUGGAUCUGCCCCAAGGUCAGGUGGGGGGGGCAUAGCACUUAACUGUUGUCACCAUGUAGAUACUCCUCAAAAGCUAAGGCAAGCUGUGGCGCAUGAUGUGCCCUAGCUAGAGUUAAUCUGCAAACAAAUGGGGAAGGUGUGGUUAGGGUGGGGAACACAGUGAUAUCUCCUGGUCCAGAGGAUUUCAAGAUUUGCCAGUAGCUGUUCUGUCAUGAGUGCUUCAGAUAUGGAGUGGGAGCUGUGAAUGCCUCCCUUCUUUUCAGUUUUAUGAUUUUGCUCCCUUGAAAUUAAAAAAAGUAAGGUGGUGGAGCAAUGGACAAGAAAGGGAAUAAACACUUAAUUUCUAAAUUUGUGGCCAGAGUAAAAAGGAGGCAAUGGGAUAAUAAUAAUAAUAAAAUAAUAAUUUAUUACUUAUACCCUGCCCAUCUGGCUGGGUUUCCCCAGCCACUCUGGGCGGCUUCCAACAAAAGAUUAAAAAUGCAUUAAAACAUCAGUCAUUAAAAACUUCCCUAAACAGGGCUGCCUUCAGUUGUCUUCUAAAUGUCAGAUAGUUGUUUAUUUCCUUGACAUCUGAUGGGAGGGCGUUCCACAGGGCGGGUACCACCACUGAGAAGGCCCUCUGCCUGGUUCCCUGUAGCUUCACUUCUCACAGUGAGGGAACUGCCAGAAGGCCCUCGGCGCUGGACCUCAGUGUCCGUCUUGAACGAUGGGCGUGGAGACGCUCCUUCAGGGAUGCUUAUCUGUGUGAUGACUGUUCUGAGUUUGCAAGACCAGUACGAGUGCUCCAUACUGAAAGCUGUGUGAGGUUUGGAAAUGGCUAAGCCCCCAAGGUCAACUAUCUUAGCAAAGAAUGUGAAGAAACAUGGGGAAGGGGUUUUCUUUUCACAAAGGGGGAAGCCCAGCAAGUGGCAGGUUGAGGGCGAUGACAGCAAAGGAAGAGGCAAUUGUUUGCGUUUCAGUGUAACUGAUGCACACUUACCCUCAGCGGCAGGGGAACUUUGGCAUUCUGAUCUCUCGUUUUAGUCUCCUGUUCUGCACAUCACAAAAGUUCUCGGUCUAAUAGUUUCGGAACUGGCCUUGACAGCGUGUGGGCAAAGCCUCUGGGCAGGAUUUCCAUAGAAUCAGGGAAUUGUAGAGUUAGAAGGGACCCCAGGGGCUCAGCACUUGCAUUGUUGUUCCCACCCAGCCUACCUCACAGGGUUAUUGGGAAGAUAAAAGGGAGGAAGAACCAGCUUUGACCCCCCCUUUUAGGCGAAAUCUUGACUCAUUUAUAUGUCUGGGCCUUUGGGGCUUAAUUGGGCUUAGGCUCCAGAGUGGCAUUAUUAGCUACUGCUUUUUUAAUAUUGAGUCAGCAUUUUAAAUGCUUUUAUGAAAACUGUAUUGUUUUAUGUUGUCAGCUGCCCUUUGAUCCCUUAUGGAAGGAAAUGGGGGAUUUGAAGAAGAUGUAAUAGAUGUGCCCUGACAUGAGCAGCUUGGAGGAAGGCGGGGAAGGAGGGAUAUAAUGCAAUAAGGAUAAAUUUUGCAAAAUAAUCAAACAAUUGCAAAAUUGCUGAACUUAUACUGGUCAUAGAAUUUGGUUUAUCUUGGUUCAGAAGUCAUUAUUAUUUUAGAGAGAUGUAGAAGCAGUGCUGAGUGGAAUUGGAGUAAAUUAUAUCCAAAUGGUGUUGGUGUCAGAAAAUUGGGGUUCCCGAGCACUGGAAGGUUUUGACAACCUUUUCAGUCUCUCAGCCAUUUUAAUAUUUACGGAACAUGAGUAUUUCAUUUCAGCUGCUUAAGUGGAAGCUGUUGGGUCCAAAGUUCAGAUGGAGUUGGACUGGAUUGGAGAGUGUCAUGAUCUAGAAAUGUUUUGAUUGCAACUGCAACUUGACGCAGCCCGGGAACUUUUAAGAGAAGGUGUGCAGAACAGUUUCUUUCCAUGUUGUAUUACAAUUUAAAUUUUAGCAUCUGAAAAUACAUGGAUUGGGUUGUGUCUUUCGUUUUUUGUGUAGUGACUUUUAUUGGCCCCAAACUGAAAUAUAUAAGCCUUUCAAGGUUUGCUUUGAAUUGAUAUUAUAAUAUGUUUUGAUACAUGCUGGAAGCUGCCCAGAGUGGCUGGCAAAACCCAGCCAAAUGGGCAGGGUAUAAAUAAUAAAAUUAUUAUUAUUAUUAUUCAUAUUAUAUUCUUUACAGAAAAGGUUUCUGUGCUUCAUCUAUUCAAAGCCAUCCUUUGACAAACAUAAUGGAUUGAUUUAAAUAAAGGACAGUUUUAAGUCAAGCUUGUACUUGCAGAUGCUCAAUAAGAAAAGGACAUAUUUAUUGCAUGAUAUCCUUAAAACAUUCUUAUCGUACCUAGAAGGGCAUUAACUAUAUCAUUCAAUAAAACACAAUAUUUUUACUAAUUUAAAAAAUGGUGCGCAGCACGCUUACUAUUGGAUAACAUAACAUUCACUUGCCCAUGAUUUAUGUGAAGCUGUAUUAGUGUAUCUGAUUUGCAGGGGCCUAACUUUGGGCAAUGACCUAAGCCAGUGUUUCCCAAACUUUGAGUCUCCAGCUGUUUUUGGACUACAACUCCCACCAUCCCUAGCUAGCAAGAGUGGCCAGGGAUGAUGGGAGUUGUAGUCCAGCAACAGUUGGAGACCUAAGUUUGGGAAAUCCCUCUAAGCCCUUUGGACUCUUCCCCAGCCGCACUCACUUCUGGGCCCUGUUUUGCAUCCUCCUGGUGUGUUUUCAUCUACCUGCAUUGUGUGCUUGAGCUGCGGCAUUGCCUCUUGCUUCCUUGGAUGGAGGGCAGAGAGGAUACAUGUGUCGAAAUUGGUCCAGUGUACAAAGGCAAAAUUUGCCUUCUUUGCUCCUCCCAGUUUUGCCUCUGGCCCCAGCCUCUGAAUGUUGUCCUUCAAGCUGAAAGAGGUUCCCCAUCGCUAAUCCAACUAGAGAGGUUAAUUGCACAAAAAGAGAGAGGGACCUGGUUCACACAUUACAUUCAAACACAGUGGGCACUAUCCAACUAACUUGUUCCACCAGCCCAAAUAUUUCUACUUGCACUAUGGAAUGCCCCCCACUUUGCUCCGGAGGGUUUGGAAAACCCGCUCCUUCCCCCAAAACAGAUUUUGGGGGCUUACAGUGGGAGGAAGUUCUGUUGCACAAGUGGAAAUCCUUACUCUGAUGAAACGUGUUAGUUGGGGUACCACCCAGCGAAAACAAACUAUGGUUUAGUGUGCAUGAGCAGUGUGCUUGUGCAGAAACGGCGGGUUCUUCAUUCCUCACUGCCUCACACUUGCGGGGAACAAGUCUGAUCCGAACCUGAGCUUAUGGUUUGUUUCCUCCAAACAGGCAAUAAGCCAAGAACACACUUUGCUUCUGCUCAUGCUUUAAACAGUGAUGAACAAACCAUAAGCCCAGCUUAAGCCAGACAGUGCCUGGUUUCCCUGAAGCAGGAAUGGGGAAGAACGAAGAGCCUUUAGUUGCAGCAACCUGCUACUCAUUCACAUUAAAGCAGGGUUAAUAAGCUACAGUUUAAUGUGACAUUCCAAGCAGGCUGCGCGCACACACGUAUAUUGUACCUUUAUUUCAAAACAUGGAUUUCUAUUCAUCCCUCUCUGGCUAUUUACAGAAGCAGAGAAAGGCAAUUUGCCGGCCGGCUGAAAUGCCCAGGUUCUUGUAGAAACAAGUAGUUAGUAAGCAGAGCAGCGUUUCCCCCAUUAAACGGGAAAUAAAUGUUCAUGUUUGGUCAUAAAUAUUUAUUAUCUGAGUGCUGAACAAAUUUCCAAGCUUUCGGUAGAGUCUGCUGCUAAUACAAAUAGAGUACAUGACUGCAGAUGGGCUCAGUGAUUCUGGAGAAAUAGGUGGUGGCCUCUCCCAAGGCCAGUGAUAAUUAGUGAUUGCAAACUCCAUUUGGCCUGACUUGGAAUUGGGCUUGGCAAAAUAUUAGAUGGGAAAUUACAUAGUGGUCUCUCUCUCCCCCCCCCCAACUCAGUUCUACGAUCCGGGCCCUGUUGGAGUUCUGAUGAUACAACCACCCCCUUCCCUUUCCACUCUUGCUAGCAAGGAUUGGGAUGGAGAGCAGAAAUUAACAUAUAUGAGUACAGUUGUGCUGGUAGAGCAAUUAAUUCAGAGAGAGAGCAAAGGUUCCAUGUUCUGUGGAGCUGCUGAGUCAUCCAGAUGUUUUCCUUGCUGGCAAGAGAUGCUCUGCAGGUGUUUCUUAGCUCUUGUGCUGUCUUCAAAGGAUGGUCUAAAUGCAGCUCCAUAACAAUCUAGGUUACCCUUGUAUUGAGCGUAGAGGACAAUAAUUACAACUCUAGACUAUAUCCAGUCAAAAAAUAGAGGCAGGGCCCUUACCCAGCUGUGUUUGCUGAAACUUUGCAAGUCCUAGACAGAUGCCUGGAUCUUUUUCUUCUUCUUCGGCGAUCACUCAUAGCUGAGUAAGAUUGUCUUCCAUAAACACAGCUUUAACAAUGAGUCCGUAAGUGACUGUGGAGGCCAAUUCUGGAUCCACGCAUCCUUCCACAGUGGGGACAUUGGUUUCUGGGCGGGAGUUGAUCACGGUGUGGAUUUGUCAAGUGUGCCUUCCUCUUAGCACGUUUCUCCCUUGCGUCCUGAGCUUGAGUGUCUUCAAAGCGCAUGACACCUUUGGUAAAGGUUGUUCUCCAACUGGAGCGCUCACAGGCCAUUGUUCCCCAGAUAUAGUGGUGCGCUGGAUGAGGGCCAAUAAGUUGAAUUAAUUCUGAUAAGAUACAGGUCCUCUGGAUGACCACACUGAUUGGCGGAAUUGGCCGAUCUACCAUUCUGCAUUUGCAAGAACUCGACAGUUCAGUGUGGCAGCGCCUGCACUUUGGAACUCCCUGCCUAUGGAUAUCAGGCACUGUACUUUUUUUAGCGCUUGCUGGAAACAUUCUUGUUUAGACAAGCCUACCCAGAUGCUUUGAAAGUUGAGGCAAUAUUUAUCUGUUUCAGUAUUUUAACUUUUGUAUGUUUUAAAGUAUGGCUGUCAUGUUUCUUGAUUUCCUUGUGUGUGUUUUUUUGUAGACCACUUUGAGGUGGUUUGUUUGUUUGCUUGUUUUGCAGUAGAGUGGUGUAUAAUAAUUAUGGAACAAAUAAAUACAUGAGUAGUUCCCAGCUGAGAACUGAGUAAAUUGCUUAUUCUGGGGCUUGGGGGAUUGCACUCACUAUUAAAGAACAGGUGUAUAGUCUGGUGGUGCUCCUAAAACCAGCACUCACCUUGGAGGCUUAAGAGGCUUCUGCUACUAAAAAUUUCUUUUAUCGGCUGCGAAUAUUUCUGAGUAAUAAGAGCUUUGCCGCUGUGGUGCAAGCACUGGUAAUCUGGAAUCAGCGUUCAAAAUUUGCCAGGCACAUUUUGCACCUGACUUAUUGGCCACUUGCGACCAAGCGAAGAUGCCCAGGUGCCAGGAUGGUACCUAACGUCUCCACCAUUUGGAGGUGUGUGCCUGGGGAUCCUGGAUCUUGACUGUUUUCACACAUUAGCAACACAUCCUGUAGAAUUCUAGCCGUUGUAUUUUAUCUGCACCGUCAGAAUGAAUUUCAGGAAGAAUACGAUCUUCGAGCUGUCUGGCACCAAAAUGGCAACUAGGUAUUUUGUUUUUGCGACUGUAACCUUGGUUUAAGGAGCCAUUUGGUGCCUAGCUUAUAGUAUAUAUCUGAGUUUCUAACACUGCCUUGAAUUGGAUUGCUGUAAUGCGCUUUAUGUGGGGCUGCCCGUGAAACUGGCUUGGAAACCUCAGCUAGCGCAAAACUCUGUAGCUAGGCUGUAGUCAAGAGUGGCCUCAUACAAGUAUGUAACACCAGUCCUGAAAGAAAAACAUUGCCAACAAGCCAUCAAAAGCAUUCUUCAAAGUACUUGUGUCGGUUUGUAAAUCCAUAUGCAGCUUAUAUCGAGGAAUGAGUUUAGGGUGCUAUUUUCUGUUAUCAUCAUUGCAGAUUUAAACGAUGACUGCGACUCUCUCGCUUUUGGCAAGGAGAAACAUUUUCCGAUUUAUUGGCCUUAAUUGGGCGCCCAGGCCAUGUUGCUUCUGGAGCUGGGAAUUUGUUAAACUUUUAAUCAUGUUUGGCCUGUUUGUUUUGCUAGAGUAAAUAGCAGAUGUUUGUCCGCAGGGUUGGUUUGGGAUCAAUUUGCCCUCAGCCUUUGAGAGAGAGAGAAAGAAAGAAAGAAAGAAAGUAGGAGAUAAAGGGCAGAAAAUCAAAACAAACACAUUACCUCCAGGGGAACACCAGUUAACCUGACACUGGCAGGGAGUCUCGCUGGAGUCGUCUUACUGAGGUUGCUCUCCCUCCUUGGCAUCUUGAACAUUGCGAGGGAACCCUGAGACGUGUACUGUCCAGGGAGUCUGUUAUCCAAACUAACAAACAGGGCACCCUUGGGAGGCAGGGAAUGCAUUUCUCAGCAUUACUGUAUGUUCCUGCUUUUGCCAAGUUCAGAGUGCUGGAAUGAAUUACGAUCUGAACCAGGGGAGAUGAACUUGGGAGAUGAACGGUUCUCAGAUCCUUCCAGGCAGCAAUAUCUCCCAUCCGCAACCACCCUAAAACUGACCCAACUUGCUGUGUUGCUAUCAGAAUGACAAUAUAAUGCACAUGAGGCACACUGAAUGAUGAAAAGUGUAUAAAUGCUGCUAUUACGCAUUUCUUGAUUUAGAUUGCAUCAGCAAUUAGAGAAGUUGUUGCUGUUUGUGUGUAGUGUGGCUCUUAAUAUUGUAAUUACAAUGGAGAAGUGGGAGGUUCAGAUCACGUGUAGCAAACCUAGUGUGAUGCUAUAUUUACAACUUCGAAGGGCAGUUAGGGGUUCCAUACUUCAGAUUUGUAGUUCAGAGCCAAAUGAUACAUUAAAUGUGUAUUUGUAUGUAUGUGCCUUUUGAAAAAUUGCCACGGUGGUCUCUAACACAAAUCAGGACCACAGGUGUGAGGGGGGGAAUUAAAACCACCCGUCCUCUAAAGUGGCUAUUUUCCCCUGGAGGGAAGCUGCAAUUGCAGUUUUUUGAAGAAGAAAAAACCACACCAUGCAAAUGCUUAUUUAACAUAAUGUGUAGUUUGGCUCUCAUUCCCAUUGCCAUUAUGCUACAUUAACUCUCAUAAGGACCAUGCAAGAAGAGGAUACCACCCCUCAGCUUAAAAGGGGGAACGUUCCCUGGGAUCAUGUGGGGUCAAACCUUUGCAGAAUUACACGCUGUCUCCAUAUGCCUGUGCUAGUGGUUAAAUGUGUGUCUUUAUCCUCGCAUGGGGUAGGGAGUGUUAUACUUGGGUGGUUGCCAUCGCUGGGAGAUACAAAGGAAGGAAUGCUCAGCAAACAUCUUUGCUUGUGUACCAUCUGUCUGCUUUCAGCCACAUGACAUGACGAAAAAGAUUCCACGGUAGAGCUUUCGUUUCUUUCAGUAGCGUGAUUCACCCACUUUCUUCCACAGACCAAAAAUUCUCUCCUCUUUGUAGCCAAUAUGGAUGGAGCUUUAGAAUUCUUCUCUGAUAGUUAAAUAUUUUGAGUGUUCAUAGUUGAAAAAGAAAUCAAUAUGUCUUUCUCCUCUCCCCACCUCUUCCAGCAAGUCUGUCAGGUGUAUCUGGGUAUUGUUUUUUGUUGGAUAUUAUGGUGUGGUAUUUUUAAGUUUUUAUAUUGUAAACUGCCCUGGGAUUUCUGGAUGAAGGAUGGUAUAUAAAGUGAAAUAAUAAUAAUAAAAACUUCAAUAAUUUAAUGUGGCAAUUUCUGGAGUUAAGACCUCGAGUCUAGGAAUUUCUUGAAACUUUCACAAGACUUACACUGCAACCCCUUGUGUGUUUGUUUCAGAAGUGGAUCUUUACCCUAAGAAACCAGGGGGGAGAUUUUUUUUUAAUGGCAAGGGCUGCCUUUGAAUCCAUUGAAACGAAUGCGUAGGUUUGAAAAGCUAGCCACCAAGCUUCCUUUGGUGACUAUGAGUUAUGUGCUCACAACCUGCUGCCUGAUGAAAGCAUGAUGUGCGAGAUCCCCUCUCCUGAGUUUGUUGUGUGUUGUAGAAAUCUCAGAGGGGAAACUUGCUUUUGUCUAGACGGGAGAGCGAACAGCCCUUCUGCUUUCCUGAGUUCCAGAGGUCUUUGGGCAGGAUUGGGGUCAUCUUCCCUCUGUGCACCAGGAUUCGCUACGACUGUUGCAGCAGCAGUCGUCCUUUCGAGCACAUUCAGCGUUACCGCUUGAGCCAUGCUGUGCUUUGGAGAUGCUGAAAAGCGAAGGACACAAUACGAAUUCUUGCUGCUUUUAAGUGUCUACAGAUCCCAGUGCAAAGUGGCCUCCCUUCUCCUUGGGAAGAAUUGAGCAAAGUAAUUUCACCUGUGCCAUGGAAAGAGAAGACCGCAUGCUGCUGCUUCUAAUCCCCUCUAGUAGGAUGUGGAUCAUUAGUAGAGUACCCAUCCCAAUAUGCUAAUAUUUGGGGGCGGGAUUGGUGAUGGCACACCAGAAGAGGGAUGCUAAGGUCAUGGCACAUUAUUCAGUUUAAGAGGCUGACCCAGUUUUGAAAAAGGCAAUUCCAUGCUAGGAAUCAUCAGAAAAAGGAAUCGAAAAUAAAAUUGCCAGCAUUGAAGCAGGUUUCUGCAAAUCUGUCGGGCACCACACUUUGAAUACUCUGUGCAGUUCUGGUUGCUGCUAGAAGGAUAUUGUAGAACUAAGAAAAUGGCAGCCCAAUGAUCACGUGGCUGAAACAACUCCUCUGUUUGGAGCUAUUUAGUUUGGGGGGGGAGGAGAUAAGGGGGACAUGCUAGAGUUGUAUACAAUUAAUGCUUGAUGUGCAGAAAGUGAACAAGGGAGAAGCUUUUCUCUCACACAUAUUUCUGGAUCCCAGGGCCAUCCAGUGAAUCUGAAUGGUAAGAGAUUCAGGGCUGCUGCACCGUGCUGAACACGCGGAAACUCCUUUGCCUCUCUUGGGAGGGAUACUUUUGUGUGUUUGGGGAAACAUGAAAAGCAGCGUUUGUAUGAAAUGCCCCAGACACAGUGAACAUGUAAAUCGCCAGCAGACCGAUGUCCAUGUAGAAUGAUCCGCUACCUCUAAAAACCGAUUUGAAUGCCAGAAAUAGUUGUUUUGGAAGGAAGGCUUGGACUUUCAGCAAAUGCUUAUUGCAAGGCUUCCAUGGAAGUGUGUCAUGUCUGUGAGCAACGUAUGUAUUAUAAUCGCAUUGUUUUAGGGUGUUGUUUUUAGGUAUGACUCUCUAGACCAGGGGUCGGCAACGUGCGGCCCACGAAGACUGCUUUACCGGCCCACAAUCUGCCACUGAACCAAGCCGCCUGCUCGGCGAGUCCCCCGCGCCUUGCAUUAAACUGGCACGGCACGGGGACUCACCGAGUGGCACUGGAAAUUGCAUCUGUGCACGCGCAGAUACUGGAAAUCGCGUCUGCGCAUGUCCAGACACCAAAAAUCGCUUCUGCCCAGCCACGAUUUUCGGCAUCUGGGCAUGCGCAGAAGCAAUUUCCGGCAUCACGCUGCGCCAGUCCGGCCCACAGACGGUCUCAGUGGGAGUGAUCCAGCCUAUGGCGGGUAAACCUUGCCGACUCCUGCUCUAGACCAUGCUUCUAUCCAGAUACAAUAUGAAGAGUUGGCAUUAGGCUCACCUAAAUCGUAUUUUAUUCUUCCAUUAGAACAUGUACAUGUUAUAGGACAAGUCAAAAAAUAUAAUUGGCAUGUUAAGGUUUGAAACAAGUAAAUUCAGUAAUAGGCUAUCUUGUUCUUCUAAUAGCUCUGACACUGAAUAACUGUUUUGGUGACUAAAACACAGCUUGAUAAACAAAAUUAUAUGCAUACAUAUAAAAAAGAAGCCAUUAACAUUAAAUUUAUUAUCAUUAUAUGAUAUUAUAUUUCAGUAUGUCAACCUCUGGUAAGUGGCAUCUUGUACCAUUGAAUGGCACUGUAAAAACCAGUUACUGGCACUAAAUAAACAUAUAGAAACGUCAACUGCUUAAAUCAAAGGCACCUCAUGUGCUGUUACACAUAAUUGUAUAGGCCUAGGUACUUUAAAGUGUGUAAAGCAUUAAAGCGAUUUUUGUAAAAACAACAACACUGUAUGGCCAAGGGUAUAGAAUUGCUUAGAAUAAGAUUACACAAAAAUAGAAAAAAGGCUAUUACAUACAGUUGAAAUACAUACGAAUUCAAGUGUUCAUCAAAUUGAAUGAAUAGCAUUUUUAAAGCUUUAAAAAAAUAUGUUUUCUGUAGCUAACAUUUCAGAACUGUCUAUGGUGAAUGACACAAUACCCAGUAAUGUAGCUGCAUAAAAAACAACAACCCAACAACAUUAUUCAUUACUUACAGUGGCAAUAUCACAGCUUGACUUAUUGUUUACUAGAUUUUUUAAUGUGGGUCGUAAAACUGGUUCUUACAUUAGAAUUUACAGUUUGCGGAGAAUAUUCUCCGGAGAAUUUUCUAGCAGAGAAUAUUCUCAUUCUCGAGAAUGCUCUCCGGAGAAUAUUCUCACCUCACAUCACUAGUGAUAGCAUUGAUCUCACCCUGAAAAAGAGAAGCGGUUGAGAUGCUUGCUGCCAACCAGUUAAAGUGUUACUUGGCACUUGGACCGAAUUCACGCCUGGGAGAAGCAGCCCAGGGAUCCGUGCAAACUACCUUAUUAACCGUCUCAAUGUGUUGCCUCAUUUUAACAAUAGUUCGCUUUGUGUCCACAGUUGGAAAAUUCUGAGUUCUGCCUGAGGCCCACCACCACGAUUUGCACUGAAAUUGGAAGCGGCGUGAACACCAGAUCCUUAAGCUAG